GUUCUCCCCUCCAUCCUGCGCGCGGGAACCCGGGAGCCAUGGCAACAGAGGCUCCUGCAGCCCCGGGGUCGCCGCGGGGCUGAGCUCGCCCGGGCCGGGGGCUUGGCACCAUGGACUCGUGGGACGCGGGGCUGGCGGGGCUGCUGGCGGCCACCAUGGGCGUGUCGCUGCUGGCCAACGCGCUGGUUCUGCUGUGUCUGCUGCACAGCGCGCACAUCCGCCGCCAGGCGCCCGCGCUCUUCACGCUCAACCUGACGUGCGGGAACCUGCUGUGCACGGUGCUCAACAUGCCCCUGACGCUGGCCGGCCUGGUGGCGCGCCGCCAGCCCGCGGGGGACCGCCUGUGCCUCCUGGCCGCCUUCCUGGACACCUUCCUGGCCGCCAACUCCAUGCUGAGCAUGGCGGCGCUGAGCCUGGACCGCUGGCUGGCCGUGGUGUUCCCGCUGCGCUACCGGGCGCGCGUGCGGCUGCGGGACGCGGCGCUGGUGGUGGGCUACACCUGGCUGCACGCGCUGGCCUUCCCCGCCGCGGCGCUCGGCCGCUCCUGGCUCGGCUUCCACCGGCUCUACGCGUCCUGCACGCUGUGCAGCCGGCGGCCCGACCCCGACGAGCACCUGCGCUUCGCCGCCUUCACCGGCACCUUCCACGCGCUCAGCUUCCUGCUGGCGCUCGUCGUGCUGUGCUGCACCUACCUCAAGGUGCUCAGGGUGGCCCGCUCCCACUGCAAGCGCAUCGACGUCAUCACCAUGCAGACGCUCGUGCUGCUGGUGGACAUUCACCCCAGCGUACGGGAGCGCUGCUUGGAGGAGCAGAGGAGGCGGCGGCAGCGAGCCACCAAGAAGAUCAGCACCUUCAUCGGGACCUUCCUGGUCUGCUUCGCACCCUACGUCAUCACCAGGCUGGUGGAGCUGACCACACUGCCCGUCGGAGAGCACUGGGCCGUGCUGUCCAAGUGCUUGGCCUACGGCAAGGCGGCCUCCGACCCCUUCGUGUACUCGCUCCUGAGGCACCAGUACCGCCAGAGCUGCAAGGACAUCCUCUACCGGCUCCUACACCGCCGCUCCCUGCACCCCUCGGGCUUCACGGGGAAUCCCCACAGCCAGAACAUCCUGCCCGUCUCCGAGUGAAAACACUGGCACCUGCCUGCAGGAGGGUUUGGCCUGAGCCCACGUGUGAGCCAAGAACGGUGCGGGCUGGGGGAUCCCAGGCUGACAAGCCCCACAGCCACCACCACCUCCAGGCAGCCCAGGGGAAGUACCUCCCCAGCUCCUGGAGCUCUGAGCUAGCCGCCUGCUCUCUGAGGAUGGCUGCUGACCUGUCCUUUUGUCACCAAAGGAGAUAGUGUUCACAAUGGAGUUUCUCCCUGAGAAGCUGCCUUGAGUCCUAGAUUGUCAGGGGACGGUACUCCGGCCACCAUCAAGGACACACAGGCUGGCAGCAGGUGGGGACUCACAGCUGGCUCACCGCUGUGUGUGGCGCUCCAAGAUGCAGACACGAGGUGGCUCCCUGGGCUGUCAGCCACGGGGAAGUGGCUUUCGAGUCCUACUCUUAGCCUGGCCACCCUCUCCUGGUGGCUGCUGUCACCCAGCUUUCAUUCCCAGGGUACUAAGCUUUGCUCGGUGAACCCGCUGGGGCCCUGUCCCUCAAGGGGAAAUGAGGGAGCAAAAAGUGACUGCCCGAGGGCUGGUGGCCAGUCCUGGAAGUGGUCACUCAAAUCCAACUCCUGUUCCUCCCUUUCUACCACCCCGAGCAUUCUAGAACAUUCUUAUGUGUAGACAAUCACAGCAUGAAAGUGCUUCCAGUAGGCAGGUGACCUAUGGGACACGCUCUUCACAGUCUGGCCUCGAAGUCACCUCUGACACAUGUCCAUGUCACUGGUGUUAGCACCAAGGAGAGAGAGGUAAGAGGAGGGUGGCUGGCUAGGCAUCCCCUUCCCCUUCCCCAACUUUGUGACCUGAAUUGGCCACAUACCCGGGGCCUGGUCUCACACAGUGUGUCUGUCAUAUCCUUCAAGAUGGAUUGGACACGCCCAGGGUUUGAGCCUUGUGACUCAGAAUUUGAGUUUUGGCCCACAGAGAACAGAGGCUACCCAGUACGGUGCAGAGUGUCCUGUGUGUAUUGCACUAGAGUGUCAUUUUUAUUGAAAACUAUAACUCUGACACGAGCCCAUCCCUCCCUGUCGUAGCAACCCCAAAAUGGUUUCAGAAAAGCCUGAGUGAGUUAACCAGUGGUCACCAUUUCAAAUCGAUGCACACAUGCUCGGACCAGUGACCCCCUUGGGCCUCAGAGUGAUUCCCUCAGGGUGGUGAGACCCAGAGCCAGAGGUUCAGACAGCCCUUCUCUCCCCACAGACCUGCACAUCCCAGUUCGGGAGCCCCCUCCCCCACCUCCAGCAAGGACACCCUGCAGAGCCUGUCCUUUUCACUGCAGGAAAGGGGAGUAUGGACCCUGUCUGCUGAGAAGAUGCUGCCUGAUUAACCUUAACUCCUCAUGCAGAAAACAAAGAACAGAACCUGGACUCAUCUUGUCUAGUUUCCCAGUUUCCAUGGAGACUAGGAUGGGAGGGUCUGCAGGAGCCCUGAUCCCUCCCACUGCCCUUGGAGGUGUGUCCCCACCCUCCUGGAGAAGACAAGGGGUGUCUCCCUCCCCCCCCCAGUUCCACCUCUCAGGAUGUCACAUCUGUAGCCUGAAGCCAGUCAAGGUGGGAAGUGAGACAGAGAAGAUCUGCGUGCUGCCAGCAAGCCUGUUGCUAUGUCACAAGCUGGGGGUCUACCCCAGCCAGCACACCACUGCCCAGACUCUACUGUCAAUGCCACAAACCGCCCCCCAUUCUGUGCAGCUACACCAGCUCCAACAGCCAGCCAUGCUGGGGCUUGUGGCUGUUCCCCGAUGACUCUCGGCUGCCCACGCUCCAUCAGCCUGAGAGCCGACAUGAAAUAUAAGCACAGGAGGCCGGGGAGACAGCCCGGCCUGUUAGAACACAGGACUUGCAUGUUUAAGACCCCAGAGGUCUCCCAUUCAAUCCCUGGCACCACUGUAAGACAGAGCUGAGCAGUGCUCUGGUCUCCCUCUCUCUACCUGUCUCAUUCUCACUAUCUCUUGUAAUAAAUAAAGACAAUCUUUUAAAAAGAA